UACAACAACCUGUAAUGGGAAACUUUGUGUCAUGGCUCAAAUCAUAUAUGCUCUUAUGCACCCAUGGACGUGGAAAUAAAAUAUAUUUUUGAUAAAACCGCAACGCACAGUGCAAUUUUAAUGACAGUUUACUUGAUCUUGAGUUGACAUUUAACCACUGACCGUAUAUAUCUAUGGCCAAGCCCAUCGUGACGUCAACCAUUAGAUUCUGAACCUCGAAUUAAACCCGAAGUGGGCGGAGCCCGCCGUCGCUAUGAUGGUUGAGCUUUACUCCACCCACACGCGGACACUCCAAAUAUGGAUGUAGGGGGGUCGUGUCUGAUGUUGAAACCCGCUCAUCCAACUCUCUGCUACCACUUAGCUCAGGCUACCACCAGUCACUCACAGCACGAACGCCUUUAAUUAUACAGAAUUUUAAACCUUAAUUAAUAAUAAAAAAAUAAAUAAAUAAAUAAAAAAAACACAACGAGUUAGAAAGAAAAUCACCCCCGUACAGUUGUCACGAAUAUUGAAAUAAACCACUGAAACCAAAACCGUUAUUUGAACCAGGCUGUAAACACGUUUAAUAAUGCUGUAAAGUUGGGCUUUUCACCAUGGGGGUCUAUGAUGAUUUGCUCCCUUUUGCAAACAGCCUCAAGCGGCCACUCGAUGAACUGCAACUUUUUGCACUUCCGCAUGGGCUUCAUCGCUCAGACCAUAAGGUUGUCGCCUGUUGUUGUAAGAGUUGGAAGGCUGUUGUGUCGUGUUGUCGCUUCGCGGAUAAAUGUUUGAGUUGUUGAAGCAACAAUGUCUUCAUCUGAGAGUUUGAGAGAGUUGAUCAUCGAGCGACUAACUGCUGCUGCUGAAGAAAUAUUCGGACUCUUUGAAAGAACUGUCGCCCAGUACGAGGAAGAGAUCGAUCGUCAGCGCAGACUGCUGGAUAUCACCUGGAAACCUGAGAUAAAGUUACACAGAAUAGACCUCCAACAUCAACAUGUCUGCACAGAGGAGGAAGUUCUCACUGAGCAGCAGCUCUGUAACCAGGAGAUGAACUCCAGUCUGGACCAGGAGGGACCAGAACCUCAACAGAUUAACGAGGAACAGGGGGAACUAAAACCCACACUGGUGAAAGAGGAGCAGGAGGAACCAGAACCUCCACAGAUGAAAGAAGAACGGGAGGAACUAGAAACAACACUGGUGAAAAAGGAAGAGGAGGAACCAGAACCUCCACAGAUGAAAGAGGAACAGGAGGAACCAGAACCUCCACAGUUUAAAGAGGAACAGGAUGAAGUCUGCAGCAGUCAGCAAGAAGAACAUCUUGUAUUGAACUGUGAGACUGAUAUCUUUGUUGAGGCGCCUACUGAUGAGCAAAGUGAGCACAGUGAACCAGAACCAAAAAAUGAUCAUCUCUGUCAGAACUCUGCUGUAUCUGAGAGCCCAGAUCAGGAGGGAAGCAACCAUGUAGACUGUGAAUCAGGUAAAAAGUCAAAAAAUGUAAAAAAUGUAUCACUUCAUGCCCGUGCAACAGACUUUAAGAACAAGUUUGUAAUGAAAAGACAUUACAGACACCACAUGGGUGAGACACCUUACCUUGACACAUGUGGGAAAAUCUUCAGUCAAAGAGAGAACUUAAAGGUCCACAUGAGGACUCACACAGGUGAGAAGCCGUACGCUUGUGAUGCAUGUGGUAAAGCCUUUACUCAACAAGGUAGUUUAAAAAUACACAUGAGGACUCACACAGGUGAGAAACCAUACGGUUGUGAUGCAUGUGGUAAAAUCUUCAGUUAUAGACAUGGCUUAAAGGUCCACAUGAGGACUCACACAGGUGAGAAGCCGUACGGUUGUGAUGCAUGUGGUAAAAUCUUCAGUCGUAGACAUAGCUUAAAGAUCCACAUGAGGACUCACACAGGUGAGAAACCGUACGCUUGUGACAAAUGUGAUGAAAGGUUUAGGUACAGGACUGCUUUCAUGGACCACAUGAAGACUCACACAGGUGAAAAGCGGUGUGUUUGUGACAUAUGUGGUAAAGCCUUUCCUCAACAAGGUCUUUUAAAAAUACACAUGAGGACUCACACAGGUGAGAAGCCGUACAGUUGUGACACAUGUGGUAAAACCUUCAUUCGAAAUUCUUAUUUAACUACUCACGUGAGGAUUCACACAGGUCAGAAGCCAUACAUUUGCAAGACAUGUGGUAAAACCUUCACUCAAAAUUCUCAUUUAAUUUCUCAUGUGAGGACUCACACAGGUCAGAAGCCAUAUAUUUGUGAAACAUGUGGCAAAACCUUCAGUCAUAGUCAUUCUUUAACUGUUCACAUUGGGAUUCACACAGGUGAGAAGCUGAACAGUUGUGACGUAUGUGGUAAAACCUUUAUUCACCGCAGUAGUUUACACAAACACAUGAGGACUCACAUAGGUGAGAAUGUAUCGUCCUGAAACAUGUGGAAAAAAAUCUGAGCUUAAGCACACAAAUGUCAAACCUGGACACUAUACAGAUGGAAGGAGACAUCUCUCUCUGCCUGGGACGACCGUCUAACUGACACUUGUGAUGAUUUGGAGAGGACCACUUUAAGACCAACUUAGUUUGUUAACCUAAAGGUUAUGCAUGAGCCACAGGAAGUAAAUUGUUGACAGAAGGCAUUUGUCCAUAGAUUAGACCUGCAUCUGCGCAUUUGAAAUGGUUUGAAAGGAACAGUGUUUAUAUGAUUAUAAAAACUGUUUAUGGAUAAAUUGGUGUGAUUGUCAUUAUGGAAAUGAAUGAUAUUCUUGAUAAAAGUGGAACACAGCGCAGUUUUAAUGACAGUCUACUUGAUGCUGACUUGACAUUUAACAGGAGAUUUAAACAUUCACUACGCUCUACUCGUAAAAGAGAGGAACCACAACACAUAACAAUCUGUCUGUUUUGAAGAAAUUGAUGAAAUAAAUCUGUUUCACUAUACAUUACACAAACUGCAAAAAUGAUGUGACUCUAAAUGCAUUUUGACAUGGUUUCGGCAUAUAAAUAUAUUUCAUGAUUUGAGUUUAUUAUAAGAAAUGUAAGUCAUCUGGUUGUACAUGUAUAUUGCCCGUUUUGGAGCUUAUGUUUAUAAUGAGCUUUUAUUUUGAAGACGGCUAACGUAUUUCCUAUUACCUACUUCCUAUUUGCUUGCUGUAUUGUGUUUGCCGGUAAAGCUAAGCACUUAAAAACGGAAUGAACGAGUUAGGCUAAAACGGUAAAAGUUCAAGGUAAACAACCCGAGGAGGCACAAAGUGCUUACGGUCAUACUUGUUUUGACGUUUUUUUUAAUUUUUUUAUAAAGCUAUGCUAACUCUUUUGCGCACCUGUUUGGUGAAGCUACUGUGUAUUGCUUAGCAUAUUGUACUGAGUGAAAACAAAUGUAACUGUUUUAUUUUUUGUGUUUCAUCAGUUGUCACGUUGGUUUUAAGGAAUGGUUUAUUAAAUUAAAUUUUGAAAGCAA